AUGCGAGACGACGCGAACGAACCCGCGAGCUCGAGCGCGUCGUUAUCGCACUGCUCGCUCGAUGCGCUGUUAAAACGACGCGCAAAGAUGGAACAAGAGAUGUCCGCCAUCAGCGCGCGACUCUCCGCGAGCGAUGCCCCGGGUUUGAGAGGCUCGCUCGUCGACCCCGAGGGGUUCCCGAUCGCCGGAUGUGAUCUCUACGCCGUUCGCGCCGAUCGCGGGCGGUACAACGUGUUAAGGAACGAUUACGUGCGAUUGAACGACGAGUUGCAGAAACGCAUCGCGGAGCGAAUGGCGGAAGCGCGGACGCGACGCGGGAUGGAGCGACUCGACGUGCGCGAGGUGACCUCGAAGACGCCGGCGCCGGAACCGAAAGUCGAACCGAGAGCGGAGGACGAGGACGCCGGACGGGCGUUUUGCGUCAUAGAUCAGAUCGCGGACGGAUCUCCGGGAGAUGUCGAUGGGUUGCGCGUUGGUGACCGCGUGUGCGCGGUGGGUGGGGUGCGAUGGGGGUUCGAAGACGCGCGCGCGACGCCGCCGGCGUCAGUGUUGACCGACGCGUCGCGCGCGUUUUCUGAGAAUGAAAACGUCCCCGUGCGCGUCGUCGUUCUGAGGCGCGGCGAGCGGGUUGUGGUCUCGGUGACCCCGCGCGCGUGGUCUGGACGAGGAUUAGUCGGGAUUCACAUGCAACUGCUUUGA